GGCUUCCGUAGUCAUCUUGGUGGAAGAAUGGCCGGCUGGAUGUGGCUGCGUUGUGUUUUAGGGCCUCAUCUGCACAGAAUUCACCAUCCUCCGGACCAGUCUCGACUUGAAGGCAGGGCAGGGAGGAGGGGAUGGAGCUACCAACCUAGAAGUCUGGAAAAACACACUGACAGCAUCCUCGGUUGGGCUUCAGCACUGUGGUCCCUGUCCUACUACAGCUCUCCCCUGCUGCUCUGCUAUCUUUACAGAAAAGGCUACAUCUGCAGCACUAAGUUGGUUCCUGUGAGUCAGUAUUUGGGAACCGUGCUGGUGUGUCUCCUAGGAGUGGCCUGUCUUAGAGGGUAUGGAAGAUGGAAGAACUCUGAUUAUCUUCAGUUCGUCUCUAUUCUCGAAGAGACAAAGAAGAAUCACUCACCAGAAAAUAAGAAAAAACUGAGGUGCUACGACUUUGACUUCUCAUUCUGGCCUCCAGAUUUCAGCUGGACAGAAGUCAGCAACCCGAAACAAUCCAAGGCUGGUGUUUCUCUGCUGAAGCCAGAGCCCAGACUAAGAGGAACAGCUGACAGCGUCCUCCACUCUGUGCGCACUCUGCCAUGCCACGUUGUCAGUUUUCUUAUUGCUCACUCAUUUGGGAGGAGGAUGCUUUACCCCGGCUCUGUGGGUUUACUUCAGAAAGCCAUGAGGCCCAUGCUCCAGCAAGGCCAGGCUAGGCUAAUAGAAGAGUUUGAUGGCCAGAGGAACAAGAUAGUGGCCUGUGAUGGUAAUGAAAUCGACACCAUGUUUGUGGAUCGCAGGAGAGACGGUGGACAGACUGGCCAGACUCUGGUCAUCUGCUGUGAGGGGAACGCAGGCUUUUAUGAGGUGGGAUGCAUGAACACACCACUGGAAGGUGGAUACUCUGUGCUAGGCUGGAACCACCCCGGCUUCGGAGGCAGUACGGGUGUGCCAUUUCCCCAGAAUGAGGCCAAUGCCAUGGAUGUAGUGAUCCAGUAUGCAAUACACAAACUGGGCUUCCAGCUCAGCGACAUUGUUGUAUAUGCCUGGUCCAUAGGAGGAUUCACAGCAAGUUGGGCAGUGAUGUCAUACCCAGAGAUCCAGUCAUUGGUGCUUGAUGCCUCCUUCGAUGACCUUCUGCCUCUGGCCCUCAAGGUUAUGCCCGACAGCUGGAGACCGUUGGUGCAGCACACAGUCAGGCAGUACAUGAACCUCAACAAUGCAGAUCAGCUUCUCAAAUACCAGGGACCAGUCCUGCUGAUCAGGAGAACCAGAGAUGAGAUCAUUACUACAACGGGUCCAGAGGACAUCAUGUCCAACAGAGGCAACGACCUCCUGCUCAAACUGCUACAGUUCAGGUAUCCAAAAAUAAUGACAGAUGAAGGGAUCAGAGUCGUCAGACAAUGGCUGGGAGCCUCCAGUCCUAUGGAGGAAGCAUCUGUGUACAGUGGCUACGAGGUGGAUGAUGACUGGUGUGUGUCUGUGCUGCAGUCAUAUCAGGCAGACAGAGAUGUUUUGUUUCCAUGGAGCGUUGGUGAGGAUAUGACUCUUGAGGGAAGACGGCAGCUGGCUCUUUUCUUGGCACGGAAGUACAUGCGAAACUUUGAAACAACACACUGCACUCCUCUCCCCGCCUCUGAGUUUCACUCACCCUGGAGACUGUAAGGAAAGAGGAGGAGAGGAAUGAAUGGAUGAGAAGAAAUGAGCAGCGGAGGAUUUGGAUGGCCUGUGGUCAGAACGUGUUCCUGGCAUGGUGUGAAUGUAUUACUGUGGUUCUUUUUUUUUUUUUUUUUUCAAGACAGAUGUGUUUUCAUGUAUAGCAUUGCUGUGGUGGCAUCUGUAACAAUAUGGUCUACUAUUGACCCCAACAGCCAGAAACCUGUAAGAUAUGAUACAUCUACAUUUUUUUAGGUUAGAGCACAGUCAUACUUUUCAAUGUUUUUUCUUAUUAAAAAAAAAAGAAA